AUAUGACUGUGGAGUCAUUGCCACUUCAUAUGGACCCCUGCUUUUUCCUGGGAAAGGUGUGUUUCUCUGCCACUGGAGUUGGAAAAGGGCAAAAUACCAGCAUCCACAUGGACACUGUUAUGAAAAACCACCAUUUUGCUCCACCUUCUCUCUUCCAUGACAUGGAAGUAGAAUGCUUCCAAUCCUCAGUGGCCCAGAGCCUUAUUUCAAUCCUGCCAAUCUGUGCUGGUUAUGUUCCAGGUCUGUCUGGCCUGAACUUGCUGUCUGUGAUGAAAAUCUCCACAAAAUUAUCACUGCAAGAGAUCUGA